UGAUUACGAUUAUUGUUAUUUUCUUUUGUUGUUGCAGACACCAUAAGAAACGUGAGUCUUGCUACAUGCAAUUAUUGACUCUUGUAAUAGUAUAAAAUUUUAUUGAAUAAUUCAUCUGUAGACAAGGGGGAAAAGAAAGACUGAUUUUACGCUUUAUUGCUCUCACUAAAACCCUAAUUCUCUCCGUCUCGAUCGCGACCUCUGUUUCUUCGGCAAUGGCGGAUUCUCCUCAAAGAAGAAGGGAUUCACGAUCUCCUUCACCCCGAAAAGAACGAGCUAGAUCCAGAUCCAGGUCUAGGUCCAGGUCUAGAUCCAGGCCCAGGCUUAGGUCCAGGUCAAGAUCUUUGCCAAGGCCUGUUUCUCCAUCACGAAGCCGUGGAAGGUCAAGGUCAAGAAGCCGUGGAAGAAGUGAAGUUGAAAACCCUGGUACCACUCUCUAUGUGACUGGCCUAUCUACAAGAGUCACUGACAAGGAUCUUGAAGCACAUUUCGCCAAGGAAGGAAAGGUUGCGUCUUGUUUUCUUGUGAUGGAGCCGCGCACCCGUGUGUCUCGUGGUUUUGCCUUUGUUACAAUGAGCAGCCUUAAAGAUGCUGAGCGGUGCAUUAAAUAUCUCAACCAGUCUGUACUAGAAGGCCGAUACAUAACUGUGGAAAGGAAAAUAUUGCAUCAAGCAACAAUCAGAGAUGAUAAGAGUACUCAUCCUUGCUCAACAUCAUUAAGUGAAACACAGCUUGAUCAAUCGAAUCGCCAGCUUAAACAUAAUCAUAAGCAACUAUAUUGCCUCAACUCUCAACUCUCAACUAGUCAAAGGACAUUAUCAAGUAUCAACAACUAUUAGUCAAGUGUUUCUCCAGCCUAGGAUGCAUCUUGUUUCCUUGAAUAUACCUAUGGCUUUUCUAGAUUGAAAGUUGUGUUCCAUUACAUGAGCUUUAUGUACUUUGUGCUUUCUUCAGUCCAGGAGAAAGCGCCCGAGAACUCCCACCCCAGGCCACUAUCUUGGCUUGAAAAGCUCCAGAGACAGCGAUCGAGAAGGCCGUAGCAGUCGAGGGAGGCACUAUGAUCGUGAUGAUUACAGAGACCGUAGGUCACCAAGACGCGACUAUUCACCUCGUGAUGAAAGAAGGUCUAGAAGAGAUCGGUCUUACUCUCCUCAUGGAAGAAGCCCAGAGAGAAGAUCAGAGAGAAGGUCUGAGAGGUCAGAGAGAAGGUAUGAACCCCGUGGCUCGAGAUGACCUGUUUUCAUCCUUUUGACAAAGGAUUCAAAAACUUCUCUGUUGAUUUAGGUUGUGUAAUUGAUCAUCCUUAAAAUAGCACAAAGAUUCUGUCAGGCAACGCUUUGGGUUUCAUUUAUUUUCUGUUGUUAACGUGUUAUUCUGUCGGAACUCUCUGAAGUGAAAACUAAAAACUGUAAUAGCUUCUCUGUUAUGUCUCUACUCUACUUGUUUUUGAAUGAAUCAGAAUAUCUUAUGUGAUUAGAAUC